AUGACCUCCUUCUCUCUUUUUCAUAGACCCUCCUUCAUAGCAACGCUGUACGCCAUCAGUUCAGUGAAGCUGCUUGCGGCAUUACUUGCGUCGAUCUUUGCCUUUUCAGCCCGGCACAUGGUUGUUUCUGAUGCAGUUGCGCUAGCAACAGACACCAACAGCUUCGAUGAUGGUCUCGGCCCCCUUCUGCCGCCAAAACAUUUCGAAGAUAUGUCGCUUCGAUAUGUGGACGAGGCAUUGAUAGAGUACUCCAUUCGCUCUCCACCGCUCUGCAUCUUGCAAGGUCUCAUUCUCCAGACCUUCAGCCAGCUUAUCAAAGGUGUUCGCGGCGCAGCCUGGCGACGACUAGGCGUUUGCGUCCGUGUCGCAUAUGAGCUCGACCUUCACUAUGUCGACCGAGACAAAUACGCCAGAACUGCGAAACCUGGACGAUUGGUGUCGGAUCAAAGAGGGCCGCCGCGCCUGGUGGGCGAUCUGAAAGAUCGAUGUCUUCGCUAG